CACACACACACACACACACACACACACACACCAGCUGGUGUGUGUGGCAAGAGUUUCACAUCUCCUUCAUUUUGUGCCAUCCUUUGCCUCUCCCAUCUCCUGCAUUUCUUUGCACGGAUGCUGAAGCCUGCUCUUGUUGGCAUUUUUUUAACUUCCUACGUUUCUACCAUGGGGGCCUGAGUUAAAAACUAACCUGUGCUUAGACAAAUGGGCUCCGAACUUACUGCACAGGGGCUAGUGCCAAGACAUAUGCCACUGAACCAAAGCCCUCCAGGCGAUCCCGAGGUGCACAGCGGUCCACCUUCCAAGUGGACCUCAUGUCACCCAAAAUUCUGGCUCUGCUCUGCAAUUUGCUUCUUGUUUUAGCUGAUGGGCACUUUGGGGGCACUGGGAAGUUGUAGUUAUACAUUUUAGAGGCCUUCCGAAGAGCUUACUACUCCCACUUCUCUCUCCUUCUAGGGCUGAACCAUGUAGGGUGCUAGGGGGAGCCUGUGGCUUGGGCAGAGAAGGGAGAGUGCUCGGGCAGGAUUCCUUAUGGCUGCUUUAAAAAAAAAUUCAUUUGUCUAAUGUCUAUGCGUUGUGCCCAUCGCCACAGUAUCUGAGCAUCUACCUAAAGCUCCUUUUCUUUCCUGGCAUUGCAAUUAGCAGAGAUCUGCAGGAUCUGAGCACCUCAGUUAAAAUAAUUUUUGCCCUGGGACAUGCUGGUUUCCCCAUCAGCUGGCCUGAACCCACAAAACUUGGGGCCUGAUCCUGCUAGAUGCUGAGCCCCUGCAAGUGAAGGGUGCUCAACCUCUGCCAGAAUGGGGCUCCUGGGGAGUUGGGCAGGGAUGGUGUCAUUAGAAAGUCCCUUUUGUACUUUUAGCUUAGGCUACUGAGAGCUGCAUUCACAUCCUCUUCCACAGCUCUCCGUUGCUAUCGUUACCUUGGUAUUAGCUCUGCGUGCCUGUGGGCUGGUUUAUGUACACAGCACCUCAGAAGGCCUGUGCCUAGAGGUAAUGCUGCUCGAGAGAGAGUUCAAAGCCGGGCAACUUGGGUUUGUUGUUACAAAGAGAAGCUCUUUCCCCCUCUUUCCUCCCCACAGAAGCCUUGUAAAUCCCUGGUUUAAGCUGCCAUGAGUUAAUUCUGUUUGCUCUAGACUCCUGCUCAUUACAUUUCCAUUUCAGCGCUGGCAAAGCAUGACCGUGUGUGCCUAGAGCUGCUGAGAGCUGGCUUGAAGCAUUGGCCUCUCAGUGCCCAGCUACAACUCCAGCAGUGCAAACAUCCUCCCAGCCGUGCCCCAGAAGCACCAGCUGGAAUGCUAGCAGCGUGAGCUGGGCAUGCUGCGCAGGACCCCAGCUUCCCCACAGCCGUGCCCUGCCAGUCACUGCUGAGCCUUCAGGAACACAAAGGUGUUCCUUUUAAAAAGCCAGCACCACUCUAUGUAGGAAGAGGAAAAAUCCCCUCAGGCAGUCUUGAACUUUGCUCUGGCCAUCUUGUCCGGUUUGAGCCAAAUGGGAACACGGGGGCUGAGGUGUCCCUGGUACCAGUUAUUCCAGUUGCGGUGCAGGCAAGAGGAGGAGCAGCCAGCCCUGUUUUGUGUGUGUGUGUGUGUUGGAGGGAGACAUCUGGCGGGGUGGGAGGAGAGAGAGAGGAUGUGUUCGCUCAGGUGGAUCUGGAAGCUUCGUUAGCUAAUGCUGGGAAGGGAGGAAUGGGAAAAAAAAAUCUCUCUCACAUGAACAAGCAUGAGCCUGGGCUGGGGAGACGGGGGAGGGAGGAGAGUCCAAGCAAACAGACAGGACACGUGUCUUAUCAGAGGCAGAGCAGGGCAUGCUUCCAGGAACCCAUUAAAUUUUACAGGGAAUCCGCUUGGAGUGCAUGUUGAGAAGGGGUGGGGCGCUGCCUUGGCUCCGUUCCCCUUCCAAGGGCUGUUGUUUGUUGUUCUCUGCUCAGAGCUGCUUUGGGUGGCAUGGUCCUCGCUUGGCUCUCAUUGGGAGAGCGGGGGAAGCAGCCGGCCAAGGUCUCUGCAGCUCAGGGUGGCUGGGGCCGUCAGGGAUGUGAGGAAGGGGGGAGAAGCUCAUGAGGAGCCUGGACGAGGUUCCCUGCUAGGAGAAAUGACUCUGGGUGUGUGAGAGACGGAGCGACUCCGACGGCCUGGCAGCUGCCCUCUCCAUGGGAAGGUUCUCUGGGAGGGACACAGACUAUGCAGGAUUCCCUUUAAAUCGGCCCGUGUCCCAAUUAAUGGAUUCUGACAUGGAUUAUGAGAGGCCAAACGUAGAAACUAUCAAGUGCGUCGUGGUUGGGGACAACGCGGUGGGCAAGACCCGGCUCAUUUGCGCCCGCGCCUGCAAUGCCACGCUGACCCAGUACCAGCUUCUCGCCACCCACGUGCCCACAGUCUGGGCCAUUGACCAGUAUCGUGUUUGCCAGGAGGUGCUGGAGCGCUCCCGGGAUGUGGUGGAUGAUGUCAGUGUGUCCUUGCGACUCUGGGAUACUUUUGGGGACCAUCACAAAGAUAGACGCUUCGCUUACGGAAGGUCUGAUGUCGUGGUUUUAUGCUUCUCCAUUGCUAACCCGAACUCCCUGCACCAUGUUAAGACCAUGUGGUACCCAGAGAUCAAGCACUUCUGCCCCCGAGCACCUGUCAUCCUGGUGGGCUGCCAGCUUGACCUUCGCUAUGCCGACCUGGAAGCAGUCAAUCGAGCCAGACGACCCUUGGCCAGGCCAAUCAAACCCAAUGAGAUUCUGCCACCAGAGAAGGGGAGGGAGGUGGCCAAGGAGCUGGGCAUCCCCUAUUAUGAGACCAGCGUGGUAGCCCAAUUCGGCAUCAAGGAUGUCUUUGACAACGCCAUUCGGGCCGCCCUUAUCUCCCGACGGCACCUGCAGUUCUGGAAGUCCCACCUCCGCAACGUCCAGAGGCCACUGCUCCAGGCCCCUUUCCUGCCUCCCAAGCCACCCCCACCCAUCAUCAUGGUCCCAGACCCCCCUUCAAACAAUGAGGAGCACCCGGCCCACCUGCUGGAGGACCCACUGUGUGCAGAUGUCAUCCUAGUGCUGCAAGAGAAGAUCAAAAUCUAUGCCCACAAGAUCUACCUCUCCACCUCCUCCUCCAAGUUCUACGACCUGUUCCUGAUGGAUCUGAGUGAGGAGGACCAGCAGGGGGUGGCUGGGGGCAGUUCCGGGGCCGCCGUCUCCACCGCCGCCGCCGAGCGGACGCUGCACCAGGAGGAGAGGCACCACGGGCGCGACUUCCUCCUCCGAGCCGCCAGCUUCGACAUCUGCGAAAGCACCGAGGAGUUCAGCUCCAGCCAGCGUCCACCGUGCCUUAGAGCCUCCACCAGCGACGGGAUCCUGCGAGGCAACAGCUACGAGAAAGGGCAGCGCGGGCUGAGGCGGGGGAGGAUCCUGUCCUCCUGGAGCCGUGCCUUUGUCAGCAUCCAGGAGGAGAUGGCCGAUGACCCCCUGACCUACAAGUCCCGGCUCAUGGUGGUGGUGAAGAUGGACCCUUCCAUCCAGCCGGGUCCCUUCCGGGCGGUGCUCAAGUACCUGUACACGGGGGAGCUGGACGAGAAUGAGCGGGACCUCAUGCACAUUGCCCACAUCGCUGAGCUGCUGGAGGUCUUCGACCUCAGGAUGAUGGUGGCCAACAUCCUGAACAACGAGGCGUUCAUGAACCAGGAGAUCACCAAAGCCUUUCACGUCAGGAGGACCAACCGUGUGAAGGAGUGCCUGGCCAAGGGGACUUUCUCUGAUGUCACCUUCAUCCUGGACGACGGUGCUAUUAGUGCCCACAAACCCUUGCUCAUCUCCAGCUGCGACUGGAUGGCUGCUAUGUUCGGGGGUCCGUUUGUGGAGAGCUCCACCCAAGAGGUGGUAUUCCCUUACACCAGUAAGAGCUGCAUGCGGGCUGUUCUCGAGUACCUGUACACCGGCCAGUUCAGCUCCAGCCCGGACCUCGACGACAUGAAGCUCAUCAUCCUGGCCAAUCGGCUGUGUCUGCCGCACCUGGUGGCUCUCACAGAGCAGUACAUGGUGGCAGGCCUGAUGGAGGCAUCGCAGAUGUUGGUGGAUAUCGAUGGGGACGUCCUCGUGUUCCUGGAGUUGGCGCAGUUCCACUGCGCAUACCAGCUUGCAGACUGGUGCCUUCAUCACAUCUGCACCAACUACAACAACGUCUGUCGGAAGUUUCCCCGGGAUAUGAAGGCCAUGUCAGCAGAGAACCAGGAGUACUUUGAGAAGCACCGCUGGCCACCGGUCUGGUACCUGAAGGAAGAGGAUCACUACCAGCGGGCCAAGAAGGAGCGCGAGAAGGAAGACUACCUCCACCAGAAACGGCAGCCCAAGAGAAGGUGGCUUUUCUGGAAUACCUCCUCCUCCCCUUCUGCCUCCCCUUCCUCAUCAGCAGCCACAGCCUCCUCCUCCUCCUCUUCGUCGUCGUCCUCCUCCUCGGCUGUGGUUUGACAGCCCCCUUGCCCUCGCUCCAGUGUCCCUGUGAGAAAGCGGCAGCCGACUGACCCGUACCAGCAUCUGGUCCACCAGGCUUGGAAUAGACACCACCUGUUAAGCCCUUCAGUGGAGAAUGUGGGAAGAGAGUCCUUGGUAGAGUGGGCACAUACCACACAGGGGGGCUCAGGACCUUGAGUCCCUGGAUCCCCUUAGGAGUUGUCCAGGAUCAUGAUCUCUGCUGUAGUUGCUCUGGCUGGAGACAAGGACAGGGUGGUUGUUACAGCAGGCCCCCACAGAGGGGUUGCUGGCACGCCGAAGGCUUUGCAGAGACUCAUCAGCAGGAGAACCUCACAGUUACUGGAGCGUGAGCUUUCUUUUGUUUUAAAAACAAUAUUCUACAAGGAGAAAAAUGAAAUUCCUUCGGGUUCUACUUUUGUUUAACUGGAGGUUGUCUUGUUUUGUCCGAUGGCGACUCUCUCCUCCUCACCCCUGGGACAUUUCAAACCGCAGCAGGAACAUGCCCGGAGAUUUCCGCUGGGGCUCAUUUGACAGGGAGCAGCCUGUCUCUCUUUGCACUUACCUGCCUGGCUCUGGCCUCUGGAACAUUUGCUUAGGCAGGAUGCAUCUCCCGGGACCAGCCUAAGCCCGUACAACCUUCCGGGAAAGCCCCAUGGACACCUAAGCAGAUUCAGCCUAGGAAUCAGUCUCCCUUUGCUGCAGGUGGAGAGUAUAUUUACAAAGCAGCCAGCUCCUCUACUGACUGAGAACCCCACCCCAGUCCUCUGCCUUCCUUCCUGCUUAGUGAGCUCUCGCGGGAGGAUCUUGCAUUUAACAAUCCCAGCUGGGGUCUGCUGUGAUUCUGUGCCGAGGCUGUGGGUUUAGCCAGGGCCAGGUGGAGAGCUGGGGAGGAUGAGAUGAGAAGUGGCCUAGCCGGAGGACUGUUUUCGGACAGGCUGCUUCUGCAGCCAUGUGGGACCCCAGCCUCCGACUUCUUUUUUAAAGAUCCCUCUCACACACACACAACUCCCAUUGGUUGGGAUUUUAGACCUGAAGGCUCCGUUGUAAUAAAUGGUAUUUUAAAGACCA